GAGUUUGAGAGAAUGGCUUCCAAGGGAAAGGUGUGUGUUACUGGGGCCUCUGGCUUUGUUGCUUCUUGGCUUGUCAAAAGACUUCUCGAGUCUGGUUAUAAUGUUCUAGGGACAGUCAGAGACCCAGGCAAUCAGAAGAAGGUAGCACACCUCUGGAACUUAGCAGGGGCCAAGGAAAGGCUGCAGCUUGUCAGAGCUGACCUCUUGGAAGAAGGGAGCUUCGAUGAUGCUGUGAUGGCCUGUGAGGGUGUCUUCCACACUGCAUCACCUAUCAUCACCAAAUCUGAUACCAAGGAAGAAAUGCUUGAUUCUGCAAUAAACGGCACUCUAAACGUGCUGAGAUCGUGCAAGAAGAAUCCUUUUCUCAAAAGGGUUGUUCUCACGUCAUCAUCGUCAACCGUGAGGCUGAGGGAUGAAGCUGAAUUCCCACCCAACGUGUUGCUGGAUGAAACAUCAUGGAGCUCUGUGGAGUUCUGUGAAAGUAUUCAGGUAUGGUACGGUGUCGCGAAGAUCCUUGCUGAGAAAUCAGCUUGGGAGUUUGCCAAGGAGAACAACAUCGACCUAGUGGCUGUUCUUCCAACAUUCGUGAUUGGACCUAAUCUCUCGUCUGAAUUAGGACCCACUGUUUUAGAUGUCCUUGGCUUAUUUAAAGGAGAGACAGAGAAGUUCACCAUGUUUGGAAGGAUGGGGUACGUCCACAUCGACGACAUAGCCAGCUGCCACAUCCUGGUCUAUGAAACCGCCAAUGCUAAAGGGAGGUACAUAUGCAACUCGGCGGUUCUGAAUAGCAACGACCUUGUCGCUUUCCUCGCGAAACGAUUCCCAUCGUUCCCCAUCCCGAAGAGUUUACCGAACAUUUACGGGGAGCAGACGUAUGGUUACAACACGUCCAAGAUUCGGAAGCUGGGUGUCGAGUUCAAAGGGGUGGAGGAGAUGUUCGAUGACGCGGUGGAGUCGCUCAAAGGUCAUGGCUAUCUGCUCGAGAUUGCGGAAUGAUGCGGAUGAAAGGAUCAGUCCCUUCACGGCAGGGAGAUGCAAUUUAGUUACAUGAGAAAAAUGUAUCCUCUUCCCUUAAGUUUUAUUUUAGGUAUUCUCUCUAGCCACUCUCAGAACUGCGGGUGACUGACUGUCAGCAUCUACCCUCAACAGAACCACA